UGACGAGCAGCGACCAGGAAGAGCGUGUUGUCAGUCCGCUGACCUCUUCAUCCUCAUGUGAUGAUUAACGUAAACACGGGAGCACACAUUUCACUGACAGCCGUGUCCCUGCUGCAGCUCUACCAUGGCUACUAAGUCAUCCGUGUCUCUUCUCCAGCUUUCCUGGAUGGGGGUCAGAUGUCAUUCAUCCACAGCCCGGGCCCUGACAGCAACAGCCUCCACCUUCCUCCCACAUAUGUCGGCCUGUAGACGCUUUGUGUCCAGCAACGUUAAAGUGCGCUCCUAUCUGCAGUACAUGAAACAGAAGAUCAUUUCCCCUCCCACUCCUCCUUACAGCCAUGUGUGCCAAGUGGGAGAUCCUGUCCUCCGUUCGCACGCAGCUGCUGUUGACCCCGCAGCGAUAACAGGCCCCGAGAUCCAGCGGGUCAUCAGCACCAUGGUGAAGGUAAUGCGGCGGCUUGAGUGCGUGGGACUCAGCGCGCCUCAAAUUGGGGUCCCACUCCGUAUCCUGGCCCUGGAAUACCCACAGAAGAUGUUGGAGGAGAGCUCCUCUGCAGCGAGGGAGCUCCGUGGUCUCUCCGCCGAACCCCUGAGGGUUUUUGUGAACCCCCAACUGAGGGUCUUGGACGGCCAGAAGGUGCUUUUUCAGGAGGCCUGUGAAAGCAUCUCAGGCUACUGCGCCACAGUUCCACGCUAUCGGUCUGUAGAAGUGUCUGGUGUGAAUGAAAAAGGUGAUCCUGUCACAUGGCAGGCCCGCGGUUGGUCAGCACGAAUCCUCCAGCAUGAGAUGGACCACUUGGAUGGAGUUCUUUACAUUGACCGCAUGGACAGCAAAUCCUUCGUUAACAUCAACUGGCAGGCACACAACGAAUAGAAAACCCUCUGAAAGCCAACCACAGCUGUGAAACGAGUGAUUGACACUGAUUUGAUUCUCAGCAUCUUUAUCCCUAAGAAGUGAAUAAAACCUUUUUCACAGCUGUCUAGCUGAAUCUCCGUCUCCGUCACAGCAGCAGCUCUGUGGUGAACUACUUCAAUCCAUCGCUGCAUCACAGCUGUUUUUGUUCCGUCACAACCCUAUAAGGAACCACAAAUAUAUAACUUUAUAAACAAGUUCUGCUCAACAAAACUCAGUUUGAUCAAUAAAGGUGACAAUAAAAGGGAUGAAUUAUAAAAUGCUGUGAUCUUUGUCUGCAGCCAACAGCAGCGGUGACAGAACAUGCUUAACUUAACUUAACUUUUAAAUGACCUUUUUUUUUUUUAAAUAAAUGAACAAAUUGUUUUGGACUGUAAGUUUAUCCCCGACUGUUAAGAAGAGCACUUAUUGUUUUUUUGAGACUGUAUUUCCUCUAAAAGGCAUCUUUGUUGACUUCAAACAUAAAAAUAGCUGUAACACACCCUCAAACCUUCAAAAUCUCCUUCACCCUGUCCCUGCCAUUUCCACAUGCACGCACACGUGUUAACUCACGCAGUAGAGGUCUGCAUGUCAUGCCAGCCUCUGCUGAAGUUGUUUUUGAACUCGCUCAGAGGAGUGAUGCCCAGCUUCUGCUUGAGGUCUGCGUGCUGCUUCUCUUUGGACAACAAGACCUGCCUCAGCGUGCUGAUCUCCUCUUCCAGCUGGAAACGGACAGGAAGAAAUACGACACAUUAAAACUGCUCCUCCUGUUAUGCUUGUGCGUGCGU